AUGCCUGUGGACAAAGAGAUUCUCGUGUCUUACAAUGCAUAUGAAAGCUAUCCUAUGAUCAGAAUGUCAGCUGGGCAGAAUUUGAGUCUUCGAUGCCGGAGCACAACUGCUGAUAAACUUCGAUGGAUGUUGCCAAUUGAAUCGAAUCUCGAUUUGGAAGGGUUUAGUGAAGAGGAUUUCCAAAAGAAAAUCACUAUCGAAAAAGAAGACGAACGGAGUCAAUUGUUUCACAUUCGAUCCCUGGAACAAAGUGAUACCGGGAAAUACACGUGUUUGGACGACAAAAACCAAACUGAUUUUCUCUAUGUUUUUGUGGAAGGUUUAUAUGAUUUUCUAAAGCCCAAAACCUAUACACUCGAUGUCACCUCAUCAAAAUUUCUUCUUCCGUGUCGAUACACGCAAAUCGGUCAUUGGCCAGUUAGGCCCUCUUUGUUUGUGGACGGAGAGACAUGGCUGAGUGAGGGAGAUGCUUGGAAAGAAGGAUAUGCUUGGACCUAUGAUCCACGAUACGGCUUUGAAAUAGAUUUGGUGAAACUGAACAGGAGUUUACCGAUGGGUAGUGGCCGGUUCCGCUGUGUGGCUUUAAAUGGCGAUGAAGUCGAGUGGUUCGUGCGGUUUGCUUCAAUACCCGUGAACUCUGUGUCAAUGACGAUGUCAAACGAGAUUUCUUGGGAGGUUAAAUCCCACGAUUAUGGUCUAUACACAUGUUCUUGGCCUCAAAAAGUGGUCAACAAAUGGGAUGCAAAGACUCAGCAGACGUCUCCAUUCCGAAUCUUUUCCCCAUUAUACAGAAUGCACUUUGCUCCACACGCCGAAGUGUUGACUGUCUUUCAAGGAGAGCCCAUCAGAAUAAAAGCAACGAUUCUCCCGAUAGCAGUCGACUUUGUAAACUACACCUGUACAUGGUAUUACGAAAGAUAUGUCGUUGUUGGAAGACAAAAAGUUUCCACUUCGCACGAAGUGGUGGACUGUGGCAAGAGACCAUAUCUGAAGGUCGAUGAAAAUGGCAGAGUGGAAAGUUACACCGAAGAGCUCUUCAUACCGAGUCACAAACUAGCUCCUGGUGGAACCUAUGAAAUCACAUUUCUUGUGAUCGAAGAGCGCUAUCAAAUGAUCAAGUGGAAAGUCAAAGUCGACACUCCAGUGAAAGAUUUUACUUUCAACGUGCAAUCCUCCGCUCAUUUCGUUCAAUUCGAUAAAGUGUAUCACGUGAUUGGCGCAAAGAUUCAGCUUGGCUGUCAUUCGAGGGUUCACGUUAACGAGUACGACGGACUUCACUUAUUUUAUCAACGAUCGAAUAAAAUGGUCCCAGCAGCAAGUGUGACCGGAGCGGAUGACGUUUUUUGGAACACGACCGUUCACGAGGAUCUCAUUGUUGUUUGCAAAAUUGGUCUCUUUGAACAAGGUUCAUUUCAUCUCCGAGUCGGUCAACGUCCAGCAGUUUGGAUGAAAAGGGAUCCAGAAAUUAGCGGCGAGGAUCCGAACAGAGUUUAUCGGGGCGAUGAUAUCACACUAUUUUGCCGAGUUCACAUGUUGGCUGACAUCUCAAUGUUUUGGAUUUACAACAAGACAGUGCUAGAUGAAAGCAGCAUUGUGCAAAGCAUUGACGGGGAUUCAGUGCUCUUAAAAAUGACAAUCAAGAAUAUUUCGACAAAUAACUCCGACUGCAAAAUGAGUGGAGAUCCGACUCCGUUCAUUUCAUGGUCAAAGAAUGGAAUUGCAAUGAGGGAUAAUGAAAGUCUUCUUGUUCUUCCUAAAGUGGACACCGAUGAUAGUGGAGUCUAUGAAUGUGUUGGGAAGAAUCGAGCGGGAGAUGUGCGACGGAGUAUCUCUCUUGAGGUCAAAGACGAUAAAAGAAGACGUCUAAUGCUUGCAUUCGUUGCUCUCUCCAUCAUCUUUCUCAUCUUGCUCGCAUGUGUGCUCAAUUUUAUUAUUUUGUGGAGAAGACAGAAAGCUCGAGCUCGAAAUGAAGAAAAUGCUUUCCGAGUGCUGUACGAUGAUUUAAUAAACGGAGGAACCAUUCCAGCUCAAGAUCGAAACAAGCAGAUUCCCCUCGAUCAACAAAUCAAUCAAAUCGUUUACGAUCGUUCGAAAUUUGAAAUUUCAUGCGAUGAUCUUCAAAUUUCUGAUCGAAGAACGUUGGGAAGUGGACAGUUCGGGAAAGUUUCAAUGGGAUUUUUGAAGAAACCGAAUCAAAUCAAUAAUUUCACUUCCGAAACACCAACUUUAAAGGUCGCUGUUAAGGAACCAUUUCACGCAGCCUCAAUCCGACAACACAUCAUCAACAUUCAAAUGUUGGCCGACGAGCUGAAGUUUAUGUCCUUAAUUCCACCGCAUCCGAAUGUGCUCACUCUGAUUGGAGCAGUCACCUAUCAUCUGACUAGUGGUCGUCUCUGUCUUGUCACGGAGCUAUGCGCCAAUGGGAGUCUCCAGAAAUUUCUGAAAAACCUCACACGCAACACAUUUUGUAAUGAAUUGAGAAAGGCUCAAAACAGUGAAUACAUGAAGCCGGAUCGCAAAAAUAGAGGAAACACAAUUGAAUUGUCAAUAAUUAGAGAAAUGUCUGUGGAUGUAGUUACUGACGGCUACAUUCCGUGGACUCAAGUUGAAAGUCAAGACGAAAAGCAUGAUGGACACGAGAAGACACCAAUUGUUCAGACAUUUCUAUGCUCGACAUCCGAUCUUUUAUCGUUUGCGAUGCAAAUCGCUAGCGGAAUGGAGUUUUUGAGUGAAAUCCCGUGCAUUCAUCGAGAUCUGGCCGCGAGAAAUAUAUUAAUCACAGAGAAAAACAUUUGUCGAAUCGCUGAUUUUGGAUUGGCAAGAUCUAACAAAUCUUAUUAUCGAAAAGACUUCGAGAAGCAUAAAAAUGAUCUUUUACCUUUGCAGUGGAUGAGUCCGGAAUCGAUUGAAAGCGGAUAUUACACACAAGCGUCUGAUGUUUGGUCGUACGGAAUCCUUUUGUACGAACUAUUCACCCUUGGCGAUCGUCCAUAUCCGGGAAUUCCGCUCGACGAAAUUUAUAUGCGAGUUCGAAAUGGAGAACGAAAUAAGAAGCCCGAGUUUGUACAUGAUGAUCUGUACAACUUUAUGUUGAAAUGCUGGAAUUCAAAGACAAAAGAGAGACCGUUGUUCAAGGAUUGUGUUCAAAAAAUACGAGAACAUCUCGAGAUGGUGUUGCCGGGAAAAGCCGAAGAAAUUGAGGGAAAGCUAGCGAGUGAAGUUGAUCGACUCAACUCGUAUUCUGAGUGGAGAAAUGGAAAUUCAUCAGAAAACAAGCCAGAGAUCGAAAAACAGGAGAGAAGAUGUCAAAAACAAUGUCCUCAAUUGCCCGAUCGUUUUUCGCAAGAAUUGGCGACGAAGAUAGGAAAACUAACGCGUAUUAUUGAGAAGCGAGCUCAAGAAAUAAAAGCCGAGACGAAAAACUACUUGAAAAAUGCUGAUAAUGUAGCAUUAAAAACGGACACAAGCUCCAGUCCUAAUUGUGAAUACACAUUGCAGGUUGUGACCGCCCAUAUUGUAAACGGCAAAGACGGCCUCAAGAAAAGUUUACUAAUUGGUGCUUUUCCGCUGUUAUCUAAGAAAAGCAUAGACAUGGCUGCCGACUUAAAAAAACAAUGGUCGAUUUCGAGAUUGAACAAAAGAGAUCAUCUAAAAUUGAACUGGGUGAAUUGCUUCGGCCACAAGCUAAAUCUCGUUGUGAGAAGACUUCUGAAGCAAAGCUUUUUGCUUAGUAUUAUUGAUCAGAUGAAAUCAGCUGUUCGUCGCAUACACCAAUCGGGAAUUUCGCGACGCAAGUUUAUUGGCUUAUGUAAAGAGUAUGCAUGCCCACUUGUGGUGCCUCGAUCGGAAUGUACUUUAUAUGACGAGCUUGUCUGGAAUAACAUCAAAGAGCGGAUCCUCUUCAAAAACGAUGCCCUUUGUUUGGAUGAUCAAACUGAGCCCGACAUGCGCAAGGAUCCGGAAAGCCACUGGAAUGGUUUCUCGUUGAACAUGUCUCCAAAAAAACACGCCUUUCAACUUUGCAGCUCGAGAUUGACGACUACGUACGCUUUUGUACAAAGGAAACCCGUCCCUCGUUUUAAAAAUUUAUAUCCGAUUGCGGUUCAAUAUAUGUCGCCACCAGCUAGUUCCGUUUCUUCGGAGCGUGUUUUUAGUAUGUGUGGUUUGAUUUGGAAAAACAGUCGACGACAGCGGAUGGCCCCUCCAACAUUGAAGUCGGCCCUUAUAGUUAGCCUUAAUCAAAAGUGCAUGAAGAGUAGAGUUUGGCCAACUUCGCUGGAGACUCGUUAUGGAUUUAAAUUUUUGGAUCUUUUCUUUGAGUACAUGAAGUUCGAGGUCGAUGUCCAGCUGGUGAAAGGCCCAAAAGUGCAG